UUCAUAUGUGUGUGUAUGUAUGUAUGUAUGUAUAGUAUGUAUAAUAUCUUGUCCGAAAGAUUUUCUCCCGAUUUUUCUAUCUUUAGAAAACGAAUUGGGACGGAAUUCAUGAACUUCUAAAAAUUCUAGAUAUAAUUGCAGUCUAUAUGUUGUUUACAUUAGUUUACGCAGAAUCACGAUUUAUACGAAGUUUAAAGAGUUGGACAUUAGUUUGGUGUCAUUUUGAAGACAUUUGUUAUACGUGACCCUUAUGUGAUCAUCAAUCAACUACAGAGUAAUCAUCUCUGUAGUUGCCUCCUUUGAAAGAACAUGUACGUAUAGAAGUUAGAGAUCUUAUAAGAUCUUCAUGUGAAAGCACAUGCAUUCUUGGCGUACGUUGUAUUGUUCAAAGAUAUUCAGCUAUUCGUUUUGUAAGUAUCUGUUGGAAUGUUUACAUUGUCCCGCCCGUAACUGCUAAAAAAAUGUAUUGUGGAAGUUCUUAAGUAAUACUAAAAGUCAGAAUGUGAGCAGCAUGUAUAGUCAGGAAACUUUUUACGUAGGAAAUUUACGCAUCAUCUUAAAGCAUUGAUCAUUUAUCUGGAAUCAUUUAACCGGUUGAUGUUUUAAAUCUGAUGGCUAAAACAGUCAUGAUGAAUGAAUUUUGCUUAGACGUUUGAGUUAGAUCAAUAACUAACGAAACCCAUUUUAACGAAGGUGCUCUACUAAUAGGUUUAAACAUGUCAAAACGUACAGUACGUGUUAAUAGACAAUGUGUAAGAUUAGAACGUCUGAAAGGUACAGCCUGUAUCAGGUGCGGAUUUAGACAUUGCCGAAGAAUACAUGCUUGUAUAGGUUGGAAACAGAUGCAAGUAUCUACUAGUGAAAAUGCAAAUCAGCUCAGCUGUCAAAAACCCGGUUCAUAAGAUGGAGUAUACGGUGACUGUGGCAACGGGAACCUCUGAAUAUUCUGGCACCAACAACUAUGUGUACGUGACCCUCGUGGGGGAGAAGGGUGAAAGUGAAAAGACAGUACUGGACAACCCUGGGCUGGACCUUUGCAGAGGAGCGGUGGACAAGUACAAGAUACCCAGUGCUGCCCCCCUUGGUCACAUUCUGCUAGUGCGACUGGAGAAGCGGCGCUACUGGGUAGAAGAUAACUGGUUCUGUCUCUAUGUAGCUGUGGAGCUCCCAGAUGGCGGCACUUUGACCUUUCCCUGUUAUCGCUGGAUGGUGGGAGAUGUGGAAAUGGAACUACGGGAGGGAACAGCAAAGAAGCUGAGUGAUGAAUCCUCGCCUCUUCUGCUGGCUCACAGGAAGGCAGAGAUGCUGGAGAGACAGAAAUUAUAUCGGUGGCAGGCAUGGGCGCCGGGUAUUCCAAAGUGCAUCGAUGCCAAAUCUGAGACUGACCUGCCACAGGAUGCCCGUUUCCACAACGAGAAACGGAGUGACUUCGAGGGGUCACUGCAGUAUGCGUUGUUGGAGCUGUCGCUGAAGAAACUGGCAAUAAAAUUUGGAAAGUCGUGGAAUGAUCUGGAUGAUUUUAAGCGCAUCUUCUGGAAACUCCGUAGUCCCAUAGCAGAAUAUACCAUGAAGCACUGGAAAGAAGACUCUUUUUUUGCAUACCAGUUUUUGAACGGCUGCAACCCACGCAUGAUCCAACAAUGCCGCAAGAUUCCAGACAACUUUCCUGUUUCUGGGGACAUGGUGCAAGGUUCCCUGAGGCCAGAUACUACCUUGGAAAAGGAGAUGAAAGCUGGAAAUAUCUACAUAGUGGACUAUGCCAUCCUGGAUGGAAUCACAGCUAACGUGAUCCGCGGUCAGCAACAGUAUCUGGCUGCACCCAUUUGUCUAUUGUACGAGCACCCAGAAGACAGCUUGAUCCCGAUUGCGAUACAGCUGGGACAGACUCCUGGUCCAGACACACCGAUUUUCCUGCCCAGUGACCCACCACUGGCCUGGGUUCUGGCCAAAAUCUGGGUCCGUCAUGCAGAGUUCCAGAUUUUCCAGGUGCUGUCCCAUCUGUUACGCACACACCUGGUGGUGGAGGUGUUCUGUGUGUCUACAUACCGCCAGCUGCCAUCUGUGCAUCCCGUUUACAAGCUGCUGGCACCACACCUCCGCUAUACAUUGGAGAUCAAUUGCCGAGGACGCAGCCAGCUCAUCUCAUCUGAUGGGAUUUUCAAGAGGGUGGUGUCAACAGGGGGCGAGGGGGUGCUGAUGCUGGCCCAGAGAGAAUACAAGAUUUUGACAUACCAGUCCCUCCAGCCCCGUCUGGAUUUCAAAGAACGUGGUGUGACAAAACUGAGAAAUUACUUCUAUAGAGAGGACAGCAUAAUGGUCUGGGAUGUCAUCCAGAGUUUCACCUGGGACAUGGUGUGCCUGUACUAUCACAGCGACAAAGAAGUGGUCCAGGACACUGAACUUCAGGCCUGGAUACAGGAUGCAUCUCAGGAGGGCUUUGUAGACGUCCCCAAGUUCGGUCUGUCCAGUGAGUUGAAGACCAGGAAGGAGCUGAGUACAUUGCUAUCUGUGGUGAUCUUCACUAGUACAGUUCAGCAUGCAGCUACCAACAAUGGCCAGUUUGACUGGUGUGCCUGGGUACCCAACACUCCCUGCACCAUGCGCCAACCUCCACCAACUGAUAAGGAUGCCAUCACGAUGGAGAUGAUAAUGGAUUCACUGCCAGACAUCAGCCAAUCAUGUGUGGAGAUGGCUAUCACAUGGCACCUUGGGCGUGCCCAGCCUGAUGCGAUCCCCAUGGGGCAGUACAAAGAGCAGUAUUUCACUGAACCUCAGGCUCUGGAGCUGAUCAACAGGCUGCGGCAAGAUCUUCAGGAUGUGGAGAAGCAGAUAGAGAGCAAGAAUGAGGGUUUGGAGCUGCCAUACCUUCUCCUGUGCCCGAGUCGAAUAGAGAACAGUAUCACCAUAUAGAUCACAGGCACCAAAUUUAGGUAGCAGGAGAUGGGGGUGUGCUGAUUUGCAUUUGUUUUUAACUUUAUUCAUUAAUUGACUAUGGAAUGUAACUUUAGUUAUCCAACUAUCCAUCUUCAAACCACUAUUUGUGGAAUAUUUAUCAUAAUUUGUCAACAUGUAGCAGUCAUGCUGAAUUUACAUGUAUAAUCUUAUAGAUGAAUAAGUGCACAUUUUCAGAAGCGGGUUUAUUAAUCAAUGAAUGCUUGAGAAUCAAAUAGGCAAUAAAUUAGUAAUUACACUAGUACCAAAGAAGGUAGAUUAUCCUGGUUCAAGCAGCACACUGCAACAGGAGCAAGGAAACAUCCUGGAAUUUUGGUUGUCAGCUGGAUCAUUAUAAGAACAUAAUGCUUAGCUGAAUAAUUCAGUUAAUGAUGGGAUGCACACAGCGCUGUUAAUAGCUAUGUGAUUGUAAAUUAUAAUUUAUCUAUUAUUUUUUAUGUCAUUCAAAGACUUUCUUAUUAUUGUUGAGGUAUUUUCCAGUAAAUUAAAGUUUUGCAAAUAGA